CAAUGGACCAGUCUUGACCAGCUUUUUGUUGAUGAAAUUGCAGUGUUGCACACGAAACUCAUUUCUAUUGUGAAUCAGCCAGAAGGCAGCUAAAAGUUCAUAAAAGCGCACACACACCUGCGCACCGCUAGCCGACGUAUCCUACAGAUUCCACUAAACAGAACGCACACAAAAACGUGGAGUUGGCGUGAGUGUGAGACCUUUGCCAACAAAGCAGAAGCGAAAGCAUCUUUUAGCACAACAUCUUUUGCCGCUGGCGCCUCCACGGCAAGCACUUGGGGUAGCAAAAAGCAGAAACGCAAAGUUGAAUUGCGAGCCGCAGCAGCAGAGUUCAUCAUGUCGAACCCAGAGAUUGAAGCGCAACUGGCUCCGCUGCGCGAGCGGGUGCAGGAGCAGGGCAACCUGGUGCGGGAACUGAAGGCAAAGGGUGCACCCGAAUUGGACGUGAAGAAGGCGGUGGCCGAGCUGAAGGUGCGGAAAAAAGUGCUGGAAGAGAAAGAGCUGGCGCUGACGCCAAGCAUUGUCAGCUUUGAUCGCGCCAAAAUGGAAGAUCUGCUCAAGCGUCGCUUCUUCUACGAUCAAUCCUUUGCUAUUUAUGGCGGCAUCACCGGCCAGUACGACUUUGGGCCCAUGGGCUGUGCACUCAAAUCCAACAUACUCGCUCUGUGGCGGCAGUUCUUCAGCUUGGAGGAGCAAAUGCUGGAAGUAGACUGCUCCAUGCUGACGCCGGAGCCGGUGCUCAAGGCAUCCGGGCAUGUGGAGCGCUUUGCCGAUCUGAUGGUGAAGGACGUCAAGACUGGCGAGUGCUUCCGACUGGACCAUCUAAUCAAGCAAGCACUCGAAAAGCUAUCCAAGGCCAAGGAUGCAACCGCCAGCCUGCAGGCCGAGUGCGAGGACAUCAUCAUCAAGCUGGACGGACUCAACAAACAGGAGCUCGCCGACGUGCUGGCCAAGUAUGACAUCAAGUCGCCGCUGACGGGCAACGAUCUGACAGAGCCCAUUGAAUUCAAUCUGAUGUUUGCCACACAAAUCGGACCCACUGGCCUGGUGAAGGGAUUCCUGCGCCCAGAGACGGCACAGGGCAUAUUUGUCAACUUUAAGCGACUGCUGGAGUUCAAUCAGGGCAAGCUGCCCUUCGCUGUAGCCCAAAUCGGCAACUCGUUCCGCAACGAAAUCUCCCCGCGCUCCGGCCUGAUACGCGUGCGCGAGUUCACCAUGGCGGAAAUCGAGCACUUUUGCGAUCCCUCGCUGAAGGAUCAUCCGAAGUUUGCCAAGGUGGCCGGCGAGAAGCUAACGCUAUAUUCGGCCUGCAACCAAAUGGACGGCAAAUCGUCCCAACAGUCGACAAUUGGCGAGGCUGUGGCCAGCCAGCUAGUGGCCAACGAGACGCUGGGCUACUACAUGGCCCGGAUUCAGCAGUUCCUGCAUGCGAUCGGCAUCAAGCCCGAGUGCCUGCGCUUCCGCCAGCACAUGGGCAACGAGAUGGCACACUAUGCCUGCGACUGCUGGGACGCGGAGAUUCUCACCUCGUACGGUUGGGUGGAGUGCGUCGGCUGCGCUGACCGCUCCGCCUACGAUCUGAGCCAGCAUACGGCCGCCACAGGUGUGCGUCUGGUGGCCGAGAAGCGUUUGCCAGCUCCCAAGACAGUCGAGGUCAGUGAGAUUGUGCCCAACAAGCAGGCUCUGGGCAAGACAUUCAAAAAGGAAGCCAAGGCCAUAACGGAUGCUCUGGCCAAGCUGUCGCUGGACGAUAUCAAGCAGGUGGAGGCACAGCUGGCGACUGGUGGCCCGUACAAACUGACGCUACCCGACGGCGCCACGCAUGAGCUCGGCGCCGAGACAAUCGGCGUGAAGCAUGCCACCAAAACUGUGCACGUGGAGGAGUUCAUACCGAGCGUGGUGGAGCCGUCUUUCGGCAUCGGCCGCAUCAUGUACGCCCUGCUCGAGCACAGCUUCCAAUGCAGAGAUGGCGACGAGCAGCGCUGCUACUUUACGCUGCCCCCGCUCGUGGCACCGCUCAAGUGCUCCAUACUGCCGCUCUCGAACAACGCCGAGUUCCAGCCGUACACUCAGCAGCUGUCUGCGGCGUUGACCAAGGCGGAGCUGUCGCACAAAGUGGACGACUCGAGUGGCUCGAUUGGACGGCGCUAUGCGCGCACCGACGAGAUUGCCAUACCCUAUGGCAUCACCGUGGAUUUUGACACACUUAAGGAGCCGCACACCGUCACGCUGCGGGAUCGGAACACCAUGAAACAGGUUCGCAUUGGACUCGACGUUGUUGUCGGCGUGGUCAAGGAUUUGGCGACGACGCGUCUCACCUGGGCACAGGUCCUGGAGCAGUAUCCGGCUUUUGAGCAGCAGGAGGCAACAAAAUGAUUUCGAUUUUCUGUUCUACAUUUUUUUAUACGCGGUGUGCAUGGAUCAAAGCUCUGACUUCGUGCAUACGGAUACCUAAAUGCAUUUAAAAUGCUCUUUUUGCAGACGCUUUAAUUUGAAUAAUAAUAAAUGCUUUCGCUAAUUCAAGUAAAUUAAAAA